UGCAGAAGUCAGUCUCACUGAGGGCAGCUGUAUAAUUAGUAAUUCAAAGGUAUGAAUGUAGAGCGCGCGAGCGUCACCAAACGUACGAGCCAAUAGGAAGAUUCCGGGCAAAAAAGUGAGCUCGGCCAGGGGGAGGAAGCCGCUGGUGAGAAGAUGACAGCAGCGUCGUCCCACGCGUAACACGUGCAUGUGCACACACGUACCAUUGUCCGAGCAGAGUCGUCACCGGCAAACAUUACCUGCACCGGCGCGCAAAAACCACCAGGUUUUGGCUUCGGAAGAGGCAAAAAUUAAGAGGAGAAAAAAAAAGAAGAAGGAGAGGGAGUCAGGCGAGGAGGAGUCGUCGGGCCGUCUAUCUGUCAGUCGGUCGGGGCACGCAUAGCCACACCUUGCCCGCGAAAGAUACUCCGCGAGAUCGGCAAGUUCGCUUGGACCGCGUUGGCAUCGUUUUUCAUCCGCGUCCAAUAGACAAAUCAUUUUUUUUUUUUUUACAGGAGGCAUCGACCUCGUCGUCGGUGUUUCUUUGGGACGAUGAACGCGGUGAUCGGGCCAUCGAUUAGAUAAUCAUAGCCACGAGCGUCUACGAAGAUAAGAGAUCGCGAGGUGGACACCGGCACUCGCGCGUUUCCGUGCUUUGUGAAUUAAGUUUUAACAUUUGAUAGUUGAACUACUCACGUGAUUUGGACAGUGGUGCGGUGAAGCUGUUGAUUUGUAAUUUUACAUCAUCCGUGCUCGUGACUGAGUCUUCAUCCAGUUCACAUUUCACCCCGAGUUUUGGCUGAUCAUGAUUACCACGUUGGGCAUCAAGUGGGACAGGGAUCCCCAGGAGCUGUGGAUCUACGUCGCGUUGAUCAUCGUUACGCUGGUGGUGUACCUGUUCAAGGACUACAUCAGGAUAUACUGGGUUGUCUCCCGGAUGAAGGGCCCUCGCACGGUGCCGAUCAUCGGCAACGCCAAUUACCUGUGCCAGGACAAUGUGUUGCACAUAAUGUCGCACCUCCUGUACAAGGACUUUGGGCCGGUGUUGCGGGUCUGGAUAACGUGCCUGCCCUUCGUGAUAGUGACCGAGCCCGAGGACAUCCAAGCCGUCCUGGGCAGCCCGAAGCACGCGCGCAAGGUCCUCUUUUACCGGCUGUUCGACAAUUUCCUCGGCAAGGGCCUCAUAACCAGCGACCUGGACACCUGGCGCGCCCACCGCAGGAUCCUCCAGCCGGCGUUCCACUUGCACGUGCUCCAACAGUUUGUCGGCUCGUUCGCCGAAAGCGCCGAUCGGCUAGUCGCCAAGUUGGCGCACCACCACUCCCAGGAGAUCGACAUCACCAAGUUCGUCAACGACACCGUUUACGAGAUACUCAACGAAACCGUCUUGGGCGUCGACAUGGCCAGCAUGACGAUGGAAAACGGCACCGUCGAUCUCGACAGUCUGCCGUUCCGAAAGGGCCAGAUGGUCGUGCCGUACCGGAUGGUGCACCCUUGGCUCCUGUUCGACUGGAUCUACAGCUGGACGAGCGCCGGCCGGAGGGAGAGGAAGCAACGGGAGGACCUCUCUGCGGCGUGUCGCAAGAUAAUCGGGGAGAGGCGCGAGGCGCGUCGAUCCAACGGAGCACCGGCGAGGAAGUCGUCGCUGCUCGAGUACAUGCUGGAGUUGAAGAGCCGCGAGUGGUUCGGCGACGAGGACAUCGUCAACGAGUGCUGCACCUUCAUGCUGGCAGGGCAGGACUCGGUGGGCACGGCCACGGCCAUGAGCCUCUUUUUGCUAGCCACGCACCCGGAGUGGCAGGCCAAGUGCAUCGAGGAGCUCGACGGGAUAUUCGAGGCCGGGGGUGACCCGCGGAGGCCACCCACAAUGCACGACUUGAAGGCCAUGCGGGUGCUCGAGUGUUGCAUCAAGGAGGCCCUCAGGCUGUACCCGAGCGUGCCCCUCUUUGCCAGGACUCUCGGGGAGGACCUCAGACUUGGCAAGCACGUGAUACCGGCCGGCUGCGGCGUGGUGGUUUUGCCGUACACGACGCACCGGCUGGCCCAUCAUUUCCCGGAGCCGCACGCCUUCCGGCCGGAGCGCUUUAGUCCGGAAAACUCGGAAAAGAGGCAUCCCUACGCUUAUUUGCCGUUCAGCGCCGGGCCGCGCAAUUGCAUCGGGAACAAGUUUGCGAUGCUGGAGAUGAAGGUGAUGAUAAGCGCGAUACUGCGAAGGUAUCAUUUGGGCAGCGUCGAGGGUAAGACGGAGGUGCGGCCCAAGUUUCGGUUCACCGUCAGGGCCGCGGGUGGGCUGUGGGUCAAGAUAACUCAGCGCGUCGACGCUCGGUGAGGUGUAUCGCUGGACCAUCAUGUACAGUUGGCCGAUGAUAACUUACUCUCGGCAAGGGGCGAUCGACCCCCUUUUUUUUUUUCUUUUACCUCUAAUUUUUUUUAUCUAUACGUACGUGCGUGUACCGAGGCUGAGCUCGUGGUGCUUGACCGUCACUUGUUGGUUACUAUAGAGUAGGCCUUGAAUAUAAUCACGUUGCCGAUAAGCAUUUCGGAACUCAGCCCCAUUAGGAUUAUCACCCAUUAUUGCUUCUUUUUUUUUUUUAUAUCCUCUUCUCCUCCAGUUCGAGGCCGAGGCUGUUAGAAAAUUAAUCUGUUUUUUACGAAUCUAUAUAGUAUGUAUACAUUGAGUUUGUGUUCUUAUGGGUACGUUUUGCACCGUUUGACCAUCGGAGAAAUAUCUCGAGAAGCUCAAAUGAAAAACUUUUAUCCGUAGAUUCUUUGUAGCCUUUUUUUCCAUGGCAAAUAAAAUGUAUAACGUUACACCGGUGACCUGAAUAAAACUUUCCGUUAGUUAUAUUAUGACGUUCGAAAAAGAACCUAGAAUAUAAAUGUUUCAUUACUUUGUAAGUGUAGGUUAAUUUUGUUCUUUUUUUUUUAUUUUAUAACGAAUGUAGUCCUACAGAUUAUGUAGUAAAUUGACGAUGGAAAAAAAAAAAGAUUUUGUAAAUAAACACAAGAGCAACUGGUAAAUUUUA